AUGUAUUUUUUUAUACGAUUUCUUUCAUUUCUGGAUAUCUCCUACUCAUCUGUUAUCCAGCCAAAGUUUCUUUCUGUUCUCAUCACAGGAGAUGGUAGAAUAAGUCAUGUAGGCUGUAUAACACAGUUGUAUUUUUUUAUGUGCCUGACAUGUACUGAGUUCAUACUAUUGACCGCUAUGGGCUAUGAUCGCUAUGUAGCCAUUUGUGAUCCUCUGCAUUAUUCAGUCCGAAUGAAUAAGCAAUCUUGCUUUUUGUUAGCAGCAUUAUCCUGGAUCAUUGGGUUUCUGGAUCCAAUGGCCCAUACAAUUGCGAUAGCAAAACUGCCUUUCUGCGGUUCACAUAUCAUUAAACAUUUCUAUUGUGACUAUUCGGUUUUAGUCAAACUGUCAUGUGUUGACACGAUGUUAAUUGAAAUGAUGAGCCUAAUCUUUGGUUCCCUUGUAGGAUUUACUACUUUUAGCCUCACACUUACUUCUUAUUUCUACAUUAUCUCCACCAUAUUAAGGAUUAGUUCUGCCCUUGGAAGAAAGAAGGCAUUUUCCACCUGUGUGUCUCACCUUACAGUUGUCAUUCUAUUCUACGGGACAAUACUGAUCAUAUAUAUGAGACCAACAUCGCAGUAUUCAACCUCUCUGGGGAAAUCAUUUUCUGUACUGUACACUGUCCUUAUUCCUAUGCUCAACCCACUUAUUUAUACUUUGAGAAAUAAGGACGUGAAAACAUCUCUUAAAAAAAUUAUUGACCAUACCUUAUGGACAUAUAAUAAACACUAG